AGGGCGUCCGGACGGGUUUCCUAUUUUAGGUGUCACCGACCGGCCCGUGUGCCGGUGGGAUGCCUCCCCGUGGCUUUCUCAUGUAUAAAAAGGGCGGAUUCAUCUCUUUCUAGCAUAGUCCAAAGUUACAAACCGAUCGGAAGACAUCUGAAAUGGCCGCACUCAAAUUUGUUGUUCUCGCCGCCCUCGUGGCUUGCGCUUUCGCCGCUGAAGAAGAGCGCGUCAAGAAGGACGUCCUCCUCGGAACCGUACCCUACGCCUACACCGCCUACCCCCACGCUUACACUUACGGUUACGACGACGGAAAAUAUUUCCCCGGAAAGUACGAGAAGGCGUACGUAGCUCCCGCGUACCCGUACCACUUACCAGCAGUCAGUACUUACUCAGCCCUUCCAGCUGUACCAGCGGUCCAGCCUUACAACUACGCUUACGGAGCAUACCCAUACAACCAAGGCGCUUAUCCCUACUACAGGCAAUACGUCUACUAAUUCGAAUCGUUCGGAUGAUCUUCUCGGCAUACGGAACAAUCUCACAGUAUUUCCCAACAAAUCUACUCCAGCAGAUGUUUAGUUCAAUAAAUUCUACAUUAAUUUAAAACA